AGGCCCGGUGGCGCGAAGGGCACGCUCGGCGGGAGGUGAGGAGCGAUGCGGUAGUCUGUUCGGGCGGCCGCCGACGAUGCAGGUCACCCAGCUGAAUGACGUCAAGGUGUACAACCUGUCGGCGGGGAAAUCGUUGCCACAGUUCCUCGAGGAGGCCCAGAAAAAGAAGCAGUCCCUGAGGUACGAUCAGGACUUCAGGAGGCGCAUCGACCUCAUCCAGGACUUCGAGUUCAACGUCGCUUCCAACCGCGUCCGCGUCUCUCCGAACGGCGAGUACAUCGCUGCGGCUGGCAUCUACGCUCCAGAGGUGAAGAUCUUCGAGACCCGGGAGCUGGGCCUGAAGUGUUCCCGAGGUCUCAACUCGGAGGUGGUAGACUUCCUCUUCCUCUCGGAAGAUCUGAUGGGCUUCGCCUUCCGCCGCCAGCCUUCCCGGACGGAGGCCGCGCUCGGCGGGCUCGACGACCCUCUGCGGACCGCGUCCACUGUGCAGUUGAUUCGCAAUUUCGGCUCUUUCCUAGAUAUUCCCAGCCCUGCUCGCCCGCGCGGGAGCCUGCCCGUCGAGGCCCUCGCGCUGGUCGCUCCGUGUCGGGCCGUGGCGAAGCGUGCAGGGGCUCGCGUGCCGCCGUCCGUCGCCGCUGUCUUGGUGGAGGCGGCUGUCCGUGGCGCUGUCCUAGGAAGCGCCCCGCGUCGCACCGUCGCCGCGGUGGCCCGGUCCGCCGUCUCGGUCGCGCUGUUCCAGCAGCGUGCCGAGGCGUUCAACAUGAACGUCGACGACGACGUCGACGACGAGUUGGCCGACGGCCUGGUGAAGCGCGCGUCGCG